AUGAUUUGCUUCAAUCAAAGAGGCCCAAAUCGGCCCAAACGCCAACAAGAUAGUGGCUGGUCAUAUCUUGUGUGUGCUUGCGCCUUUGUCUGCCAAGCGGGGAACAUGGGCCUUAUUUUGAGCUUUGGAGUCCUUUUCCCGGUGAUCAUGGAACGCUUUAACUCAAAACGACAAGAUAUAGGUAACGUUAUUUUAAAUCUUGUUUUGAUACAGAACUGUCGACCUUCUAGUGAUGUUAUCAAUUUUACAUUAACCUUUGAUCGCUAACAAGCUUGGGUCGACAUCCGGCUAGCUACAUGGCAUAAAACCCACUUUUUUCUUCUCUUUUUAGCUCUAUUCGUGCGUAAUUUUCAGAAGUAAUAGACUGUAGAGCUCUACACUUGACCUCGGUACCUUAAAUGAUCCCUCAAUUAAACUAUAAAUGACCUCAAUGUCAGUGGAGGUUCACAAAAUAUCCCUUUGAAAUAUCUGGAAUGGCAUGGAUUAUUGGCUGAGUAGAGGAAUGACUUUGUACCGUGUGACAUAAGAUGUGCUGGAUUUUCUCACAUUUUGUCCUUCAGUGGAUGACCUUCCCAAAGAAUAUAUCCUGACCCUUUUAUAGACCAAAUAAUGGCAUUAUUAACACCCUUUCCAUAGGCCUGCUUUAAGGGCUGAAGUCCAGAAGUAAUGAAACUCACUCUAAUAUGUAAUUUAUAAGUCUCUUUUCAAGUUUGACUCAGGAUUAAGUGGUAAAAAGUAAAGCCAUUAGAACCCCACCAACUCAAACUCCUAAGGGAAACAAAAUUGAUUAGAGUUGAGAGGGGGGCUAGAGUUAGCUGAUAGUGCUUGACCAAAAAAUGGGGUCAAAAGAGAUCAGAUCUUCUUGUUUUUGGGGGAUUCAAGUUUAGUGAGUUUGAGUCCGUGGGGUUCUACUUUGUAAUCAUGUUCUAUUUUUUUUUUUUUUCAUUUCUAAAUAACCAAAAAUACAAAAUCAAUUAUUUCCUAAAUAAGAAAAAAGGUUAUUGUGGUUAUUUCUAAGUUAAGAAAAGGCUAAUGUAUUUGUUUCCUGGGCAACCUGAAAACACAAAAACAGGUUAUUUAAAAAAUGAUCAAAAACAUACUUGUAGUUAUUUGCCAAAAAUAACCAAAAACAUUUAUGUGGUUAUAAUUGCCAGUUAAUAACCAAAACACAAAACUAAUUGGUUAUUUCAGAAAUAACCAAAAUGCAAAAUAGUUAUUUCAAAAACAGCAAAAGAGUACAUUUAUGUCUUUAUUUGCUAAAUGACCAAAUCAUGAAAUUGGUUAUUCAAAAAAUAAUCAGAAACAUUAAUGUGUUUAUUUGCCAAAUGACCAAAUUGCAAAAUUGGUUAUUUCAUAAAUAUCCAAGAAAAAAAUGUGGUUAUUUGCUACAUAACCAAUUUUGCAAUUUGGUGGUUUGGCAAACGAAGACGUUAAUGACCUUUUUGGUUUUUUAGCAAAUACUGUAACCAAUUUUACAAUUUGGUGGUUUGGCAAAUAAAGAGAUUAAUGUACUUUUUGGGUAUUUUUUAAAUAACCAAUUUUGUAGUUUGGUUAACUAGCAAAUAAACACAGCAAUGUUUCUGGUUGUCUUUUAAAUGACCUAAUUUACAAUUUGGUUAUUUCUCUUGUCAAUUAACCUAAAAGAAAGUGAGGAAGUGAGGCUAUUUGCUAAAUAACUAAAUCAUAAAAUAAAUUAUUUUAAAAAAUAACCAAAAACCUCAGUGUGUCAAAAUGCAAAACUGCUUAUUAAAAUAUAAUAAUGAAGGUUGAAGUGUUUUUGUGCCAAAUAACUAAAGCACAAAAUUGGUGAUUUUAAAAUCCUGGGAGAAUUGUAGUGUCUAUUUAUACCUUGUAAAUAUUUUUGCAUGCCUGAGUUUUACAUUUUUUUCAAUCUAGAGUCUAGAGUGGUAACCAUUUAUAAGUCAAUUCUAUGUUUCAUCAACAGAAAAUAAUUUAAUUUCACAUCAGUUUGAACAUUGCACUUUUUGUGUGGCUAGUAUUGGCUUCAUUUUUUUCUUCUGAGUUUAAGAAAUUUUUUAAAAUCCUUUGACCCAUAAGGGUGACUAGCAUUACACACUAAGGUCAGCAACUUAAAAAAAGCUCUUGAUCAUUAAAUAAAUUCUCCUUGCUAGCUCUGUAGGAAAUGUAUAGAGAGCAGUAUAGAGAAUAUGCAUUCUGGUGUUAGGGUGUAAGGGGUGAACUAACAUCUUGUGUAUUCCUCCCCAUUACUAUUAUUCCUUAAUUGUCUUUUCUUUGAUAAACGAAGGUUUGAAUUGUGAGUUAGAACAUUUUGUGACUUAUUAUCACCUUCUGUUGCCUUUCAGCUUGGAUCAGUUCCUUAGCAUACUUUCUUUUACUUUUUUCCAGUCCUGUGGCUGGUCGUCUAUCAGAGAAAUUUAGCUGCCGCUUCGUCACCAUGCUUGGGGUGCUGUCUUCAACAGUUGGACUUGUUUUAGCAUCAUUUGCCAAAAGUGCCUUCGUCUACUAUUUGACUUACAGCUUGUUUGUUGGGUUCGGUAUCUGCUGUGUUCGUGUAUCAAAUUUCUUAAUUGUUUCAAAAUAUUUCUGCAAAAGGAAGCCAUUUGCUACAGGGAUACUAACAUCUGCUGCUGGAAUGGGUCUAUUUGUGUUUGCACCGCUAACCGAAAGUUUACUGGAUAGGUUCGGUUUAGAAAAAACUUUAAGAUUCCUGAGUGGAACUGUAUUUGUAACGGGGAUUCCAGCACUGGCAUAUGAUCCUAAUGUGCAGGAAAAUGAAUCAAAUAACGCAACGAUACAAUUGCAACAAGAGAAAUUCAAUGAAAGGACGCAAACAAAGCUGGUGGACUGUUCUGUCUGGCGAGUGCCGACGUUUACCGUCUUUGCAUUGACAUUUGCGUUAGAUCGCUUUGGACAGUCACCUACUCGAACUCACUUGGUAAGUACAAAGUAGGCUCUCGUGACUGUUAGCGCUGCAGGACACGCCUUUCUGGACCUGCGGAAAGAUUUUAGACGAGUUGGGGAGACCUUUGCCGGGGAUCUGGUACUAGUUAUCAGUACACCCCUUGCAGAUCUCUCUUGCUUGCUUGCGUUGUUAUACCAUAGCCUCAUACCUUCCUACUGGCGAAGAAACGCCGCGAGUUGUACCAUAGCGUUAGUAUUGAGGGCCUGUUUUCAAUCUAUGACCGUGAAACACUGCCUAAUAAAUGGAUGCCUUAAUUGGCACUAAACAACCUGUUUCUGCCGAUUGUUCUUGCCUUCAAAUUGCAGGGAUAUUCUUUAUCAACUGUUAAAAUUGGAGAAAAACUGGCGGAAGAUGGUGUAAGGUCUCGAGUUACUGUUUACAACCGAUCAUCAGUAUACUUCGUUUACACUGUUCGCUAUUCAUUUCCUAUGACAGUGUUAAAGAGAAUUUGUUUAAAAGUCAAAAGUACCUCAAGUCAGCGAUCAUUUUCUUCAUUCUCACGACCUUAAUAUUUUAUUAAGCAGGGUUGCUGCGAGGAGCAGUUAGUUUCACUCUUCAGCAGGGGUUAAUUACCGUUAAAUAGUUAAAUUUGUUUUGAAGAUCUCUCAUGUUCCAUGUUAUCUUAGGUGCUUCAUGGACGAUCCACUGUAAAUUCUCCGAGUUUUUCUUGAUUUUCGAAGCUUAUGCUAUUUAAUUGAACCAAGAAACUAGGAUCGCAAAAUCCUACGCUACUUUUUCUUUUUUCUCCUUAGGUGAAAUACGCAGAAGAACAAGGGCUCCCAGCAUACAGUUCGUCAAGGUUAUUGAUGUACUUUGGUUUAGCCUCGUGUAUUGCAAGACUGGUAGCAGGUUGUGUUUGUGAUCUAACGCGAGUCAACCCUCGCUAUGUUUUUCAAGUGGGCAGCCUUAUCACCGCGGUAUCUGUUAUUCUUCUUCCUUUGGCGAAUAGUCAAACUCGUUUCAUUUUAUGUAGUGUCUUUUUUGGCGUUGGAAAUGGUAUAACUUUAACUUCAAUGAAUAUCGUACUUUUGAAUUGCGUGGAAGCAAAGAGGAGAGCCUCAGCCUUUGGCCUGGCGAACUUUUUGAGCUCUUUCUCCGUUCUUUCUUCUCCUCCUUUGAUUGGUAAGUUUUGUCAAGUAUUUGCUCAACAAAGAUUUGUUGACAAAGUUGAUCGCUAGGACUUUAAUAGAUUAAAACUGACAUAUUUUUUAGAAUAUUUUUUGUGACGUGUCGAUGCUGUUUCACGUCGUUAUCUAUCAUCCCAAAGAGUGACUUGCAUCCUAACUCUACAUACAGUAUCAAAAAAAAAAAAGAAAAACUAAAUGAAUUGAUCACGAAAUAAAAAAAGCUCUUGAUUUUCAAACAAAUUCUCCUUGUCAGCAUCGUAGCAAAUGUUUAUAUAGCAGUAUGGAGAAUAUGCCUACUGAUAUUGGGGCAUUAAGGGUGAGCAAGUAGGUACUUCGAUAAGUUGUUGUUACGCCGGUUUGUAACAGUCACUUAAAAAGGUCUUAUUUAGCACUAAUCUCAUCCGUACGACCACACCCCAUACUGUGGAUGGCUACUCCUAAAGAUAAUCAAGAACGAGUUCAUAAAGUGGGCGUCGUGGUGCUGCGUCGGUGGGAGAGUAUAACAGGAUAAUUUUGUAUUAUCAACUUAGUUGAUAACGUAAUUGGGCCACCUUAGUGAGUUUCAAGGCUGACGUCGCGCGCGUUAGCCCUUCGUCGUCGCUCUGACGUUGGGCUAACGCCCGAAACGCCUGGUGGCCAAUUUACGUUAUCAACUCAAUUGAAACGAAUGAAUGAAUGAAUGUGUAUUUAUAUACCAAUUGCCGCUAUCAGUCCGUUAUCAAGCCCUCAUGAAAUUGAAACCACCACACCGGGAAAUACCAAUUAACCCUGAAAUAAAGAACGAGGUUUGACUUUUUUGCCUUGUUCGUAGUAUAGACUUAACCAUCUAACCCGAAGAUAAGUUGAUGUGAGUCGAGUAGCAUUUCACUUUUUUUUUUCUCUUCUCGCAGGUUUCAUUGCUGAUGAGUUUCAUUCUUACAAGCCUGCGUUUUAUUUGGUCGGCGGUGUUUUACUGGCCAGUACCGCUCUUCCAUUUGUCAUCUUUUGCGUAAAAGUGAACCGACGCGAUGAAAGGGAACCUCAAACGCUGAUAAUGCCCGUGGAAAACCAUGGUCAAAUUCAGUACGUCUCUUCCUGUUAGAAAUACGUACAAAGUAAAUAAACUAAACCCCUUCACCACGAGCGACCUCGAAGGAAUUAUUAUUAUUAUAUGGGUUCAUCUAUUAUUGGAAGAAUGAUUAUUGCAGUUUGUCAAAAAAUGUGCAAC